AUGGUAUUUUCUGUGCGAAUCGUCAACAGUGAUUUCUAUAUCGCAGCUCCGAUCCCUGAUCUCGAUGUCUGUAAUUCCACCUUUCGUGAAACUGCCAUCAGCAAGGUUCCUAUUAUUCGUGUUUAUGGCGCUACUCCAAGUGGACAAAAGACGUGUUUGCACGUUCAUGGCGUCUUUCCGUACAUAUAUGUACCGUACGAUGGAACUCAACCAUCUGACAAGUACAUGAAACAGCUUGCCGUCAGUGUGGAUUUUGCAGUGCAAGUCUCACUUGGUAAAGCUUCUUCUUCGCGACAACACGUCUACGAAAUUUCCCUGGUGAAGGGAAUGUAAGUGUAUUUACUCUUCGAUAUUAUAGUUAAGUCUCCUUAAAAAGUAAACAACAUCUAAAAAGCCCCUGAAAAAGCAAAGACUUGUUCUUUACAUGUAUAGACGAUGUUUGUGACUCUGAUUGAUGUAGAUCGCGCCGGGAGGUCGUCCAAAUGUAAAAGGAGUCCAGAUUUCGGAAUUUGGUAAAGUUUUGCUUGUGGAAUCCGGAAUACUGGGCUUUGGAAUCCGGAAUAAGGCUCAAGCACUCCGGAAUGCCACUUAAGAUUGUAAUCCAAAAAUAUUUAUGUUUUAUUGACAAAGACUGUAAUCCAGUACCUGGAAUCCGGAGUCCUUGGUGUGGAAUCAUGUAUCCACAUAGGACUUUUGUAAUGACUGUCCAAGAGUAGAUUUUUCUGUUGUCUUUAUUACCACUCCCCGGCUGUCAUUUAGGUUUUAAGUAGCUGGUUUCUUGGAGAAAGUAGCUGCUCAUUUAUCCCCCAAAUCCUCUUUAAUUUAUAAUGUUUUUCUCAUUUUCAAACUUAGAGUUUCUGGAUAUUUAAUGCAGUUUGCGGCUACUAAUGACAGCCUACUAAUGACUCAGCACCUAAAAAACCAUACCCUAUUCCAUGACACAUACCUAUAUCGCUGUCACAAGAGAGUACCCAUUCCCUUCCCUCCUGCAUCCCCUGACACAAAAGUACCUGCUUUAUGCAUCAAUAGGCCAUUUGCACUAAGAGGCAUGUGACAUCGUUUUUUGAAAAUGAAAGUUAUAUGAUUUUGCCUUCGAAAAACGAUUAGUGGGUCAUAUCUUAAAUAAAAUAAUAGUGAUUUGGUUUUUCAAACCCGCACCACUUUCUUAAAAUGAGUAAGUUCGUAAAUGGUCAUGUGACCAAAAUGUGACUUUUAAAAUUAUGAAUUACCUCUCUCUGAACACACAUUUUGCACUUAAACUUCAAGGAAAAUGUUGAAAAGAUGAUGUGAUAACGUUUGCAGCACAUCUGAGCGUAACUAUGAAACGUUGAACAAGAUAUAAGCAAGAAGUAGUUUUGGCCGCCAUGUUGGAGGGUAAAAGCAAGCAUGCCCUCCAACAUGGCGGCCAAUACAAAUCAUACUACUUUGCUAAAAAAUCAAAGUGCCAUAAAAUAUCUCCCUUAAAUGCGUUUCCUCUCAAAUUUCGUUGUGAGAUAAUUUUUGUGUGCUCUAACAAUUUUUGGCAUCAGCAAGAUUCCAACUCAUUGUUUAAAGGAAGCAUUGGUCACAUGACCUCUUAGUGCAAGACGCCUAUAUCUUUAUUUAUGAGAAAAUAUGGGAGAAAAAGUUUAGGGCUGAUACUUUUGUUGCUUUAUAGACGGUGACCUUUUAAUCUGGGGUGCUCUUUAAUCUACAGAGGUUUCACUGAUCAUUGUCUUGUCUUUAUCUUAUAAAAAGAGUGCAUUUAUAAGUGGACAGAGAGCUAGAUUGGUCAAGCAUGAUUUGGCAAAUGGCAGAAGCACUCUCUGUUCAUGCUUGGGUGUAAUAAUAAAAAAAAGAAUACAUCAAAGGAUUGUAUCUUUUCAAGAAACACUUCACCCAAAUAAGCUGUAUGUAAUAUUUGAACUUUAUAGCAACAAUUCCAGUUUUUUUUUCCAACAUGGUGAAUGUUAUUUGAUUUGUUGUUUUAUUAGUAAACCAAACAUUAAUAGCAAUAGAAACUUUAAAAAGUCUUUGUUACUCUGUAUAAUGUUUAAUUUAUUUCUGAAUUUUAGACCUUUCUAUGGUUAUCAUGAAGGAGAAAGGGACUUCUUAAAGAUCUCCUUAUACAAUCCAUUUUUAGUAACCAGGUUAGUGAGUCCUUAGUUCGUACAUGCAUCUUAUAAAGUGAACAAGGUGCUGUAGUCAUAACUCUACUGUGUAUGUACAUUGUUUUGUGUUUCUUUGAUUUUAGGGUUGUUAGCCUCCUUCAGAAUGGUGCUGUUAUGAAUAAGGUUUUUCAACCUCAUGAAGCUCACAUUCCCUAUCUUUUACAGGUAAAUUAGCAUAUUAUUAAUUACCGAAUACUUAAUAAUAAUAAUGAUAAUGAUAAUAAUAAAUAUAUAAUACUUAAUGAACUUAUUGUGUCCAACUUAACAUAAGAAUGAUCAGCUUCACAUUACAACCACAUUACUUUACAAGAAACAGAUAAGAGAUAAUGUAAAAUACAAAAAAGAUGAAAAAAUAAAAAUAUAAAAAAAAGCAUAUACAUGUAUUAAGUAAGUAAAUAAGAUAAAGUUCUUCACAGAUAUACAGUUCUAAAAAGAUAACUAGAUAUUAUUGAAUGAGGCUGAGUAGGAUAUGAAGAAUUCUGCCGAUUGAUGAGAAUCCGGAGAAUGUCCGGCCAAAAACGGGAUUUGUCCGGUCAAAUCCAUGGAUGGGUGGACAUUUUGUCAGGUUGUUUUGAGCUAAGUUUGACAUUUUGCGGUUAAAAAGGGGGAAAGAUAGAGAUAAAUAUUCAUAACUGCAUUGACUUCGAGGCUGCAUGUACAAUAAAAGUGUCAAAAAAGGAACUUGUAGAAGUAUGACAUAAUGGAUACUUGUCCAGCCCCAAAACAGGUUGUUUUGCGAGCAAAAAUAGGCUUAACUAGACAACUUGACUGGGGCCAGCCAGGAAAUUAUUCCAAGCUCUGCUGUCAGCAAUGACGGUGGCGAUGUUGAUAAGAAUGGCAAAAAAGCAAUAGGUUUAGAUUGGCAAAACAACAACUUUGCAUGUGCAUCACCCUUUUUUGUACAUAAUCAUCCAGGUCAUCUUUCUAUGGCCUUUCAAAAUAUAAUAUGUUCAGGUGGUUGAUUACCUCUGUGGGGGAAUUGAAGUGAUCACAAUAAUAAUAUUUUCUGAAUAGAACUAUGGUCUAUCUGGAUGAUAGACCAGAUCCAGGAUCAUGAAAAUUUGUAACUGAUCAUACACCGUAUGGAAACCACCCUUAGACAGUUAAAGUGAUCAGGGAGAUCAGGAUCUAUCCUAAGUUUCAUCAUUUUCCCAGAUUUCAAUUCAUACAAGUAAAUUCAUAUGAUUAUAAUUAUGGAAACUACGCUUUUGAGUUAUAAUUACUCCUUACAGUGGUAAACUUCACCACGCUUUAAAUCCCAGGUAGGACAGGCAUUCCUGUAACAGAACAUAUUCACACACAAUUUCAGGUCAUGUGUAUUAAAGCCAAUGAAACCACAGUUCCCCCAGUGUGCCUAUCAUUGUACAUGCUUGUGCACUAGUUAUUCCACAGGUAUCCCAGCUAAAUCUGGGGAGGUGCCUGAUGGGAUUUUUUUUUCCAUUUCCAGUUUUUAAUGGACUACAAUCUUUAUGGAAUGAAUCUACUUCAUGCAUCAGCAGCAAAAUUCCGAAAUCCUGUCAGGCUUGUGGAUGGUGAUGGUAUGUAGAUUAAGAAUUUAGGAGCAACUACAUGAAGUUAAUUUUUUUAUUUCUAAUAAGUGGUAGCCCCACCUAAGUGGAAGUUAAGUGUUUAUUGCAAUCAGCACAAUGAACCAGGUAAAAAUAUUUUUGUAGCUAGUAUAGGCACUUCCUAUCCUUUAAAAGUCAUUUCUCUUUUCUAGGAGAGGCUAUAACGGUGAAGUCCCUUGCUGAAACCCAGAGGGUUAAGUCUCCAGUAACUUUUUGUGCAACUCCAAAUCAAAUGUGGAAUGAAGAUACUGUGCCAAGGUAA